ACCUCUCCGUUAAAAAGCGCAGAAGACCUGGACAUCCCUACGUGACAGAGACAAAGCACAAUAUUCCCAUCUGCUGACUGUUUGCGCAGAUGUUCCUGAGAUUCCCUGAAAGCAACAGAUACCGAUCCAAACAUGUUCAGCCGAACCUCUUUUUUUUUUUUUUUUUUUUUUAAUAAACUUUAAAUCAUAACUGUUCACAGCUGUCUUCUUCCUUAACACCAUCACACCUCUGGCAAUUUCCGGCAAAUAUGGUCAGUAGAUCUUGACCAGCGCCCACUGAACAAUAAUAGUCAAAGCAGCAUUUUUACACUUUAAUUUGUGAACGGUUGAGAUGAGACAGAUGGGGCUAAAAUAUUUUCCAUAUGUGUGCAAAAGGUGACUGUUUUCACAGGAACAGCCCUUACGCAAUAGACUUUCUCUUCUUUUUGUACGAACCAGCGACUGAUUCUUUGGAAGAUCAGUGCAGGAAAAAUUCAAGCCUUUAAAUAAAUCUCAGACGGCUGCUUUCUUGCAGACCACGCUGCGAAACGUCCCUCUGAACCCUCCAUCCGCUGCAGCUUAAAAUGAGAGGAUCUUAUCAGAUUUUACUCUUUGUCUUCUUUGCCGGUUGCAUCAGGGGUAAGAAGAUGCGCUGGUGCACCGUCUCAGAUCCUGAACAGAGGAAGUGUGCAGAGCUGGCCAAAGCCCUGGUGGCAGUGCUGCCGCCGGCUGCUGUUGCAUCUUUUGCCAGGCUGUCGUGUGUGCGAGCGUCCAGCACGGCCGACUGCAUCAAUAAAGUCAAGGCCAACCGUGCAGAUGUAGUGUCUUUAGAUGCAGGAGAGGUUUAUUCUGCCGUGAAGCAGUUUGACCUCGUUGCCAUCGCUAAAGAGGUUUACGCCGACGGAGGCUGCAUCCUGUCCGUUGCCGUUGUGACGAACAGGAGCUUGGACGUACGGUCCCUGCGAGGCCUCAGGAGCUGUCACAGCGGGGCCCGGUGGACCUCGGGGUGGAGCCUCCCGCUCGGGUUCCUGCUGUCCAAGAACUACCUGAGCUGGAGCAAGGAGAACCCUCUCGGUCAGGAUGUUGGCUCCUUUUUCGGGGCUAGCUGUGUUCCCGGCGCUGCCACCAUGGCGCCUCCACUGUGCGCUCUGUGCCAAGGCCAGAAGUCUUACAUUCGCCAGAAGAACUACUUCUGUGAGACGUCACACAGUGAGCCCUUCUACAACAACCAGGGCGCCCUCAGAUGUCUCCGGAGCGGUGCAGGUGAUGUUGCAUUUGUGGAUCAUUUAGCACUUGAAAGUAUUGAUGAGAGCGAGCGCCACACUUUCCGGUUACUGUGUCCUGACGGCACCCAGGCCCCUCUGAGCCGCUACAGAAGCUGCAAUCUGGGCCGUGGUCCAGGAGGAGGAAUGGUCACCAGACACAAUUUCCGCAAAGUCGUGCGCAAGUUUGUGUUAACUGUGCAGACGCAGUUUGGUCGACUGGGAAAAGAGAGGCAGCGCUUCCAACUCUUCAACUCGUCUCUUUCCGGGGAGGCGGACCUUCUCUUCAGAGAUGCGACCGACAAACUGGUCGUUCUGCCGGACGACGUGGACGUCAGCCAGGUGAUGGGGCUGGACUACGUCGCGCUCCUCAAAGGACUCGGCCAUGAAGGAAGCUCCCUGCAGGACAGCGUUGUGCGGUGGUGCUGCAUCAGCCACGCCGAGCAGAAGAAAUGCGAGCGGUGGGCCCUAAGCAUCAAGUCCGACCCGCUGGUGUGCGUCAGGGCUGCGUCGAUGCGGGACUGCAUCGAGAAAAUCAAGAGGGACGAAGUGGACGCCGUCUCGCUGGAUGCAACGCACACAUUCAUCGCAGGGAAAUGCGGCCUUGUUCCAGUAGUCACAGAAUAUUAUGGCGCUGAAUGCGUUCCCGCCGAAGGAUCGGCUCACUUGGAGACGACUGUGUUGCCCCCGGCUGUGGCUGUAGCUGUAGCAAAGCGCUCCAGCAGGAACGUCUUCAUGGGGAACCUGGGGGGGCGCCGCUCCUGUCACGGCCACAUGUACAGCCCUGCAGGCUGGCUGCUGCCAUACAGACACAACCUAAGCCAGGAGCACAACGUCAGCGCCCCCUGUGAUCCAACCCAAGUGUACAACGCGGUGUUUUGGAAAGGCUGCCUCCCCGGAGCUCAGGGGAAUCUGUGCAAAGUGUGCAUGGGAGGCACCGGCGAGGCGGCGACCAAACGCUGCACGGACAACCACAACGAGCGUUAUUAUGGAAACAUGGGUGCCUUAAGGUGUUUGGUCGGAGACCAGAGCGGGAAAAGCUACGGUGACGUGGCCUUCCUCGAGCAACACAACCUUCUCGCCAACAUCCUCGGUUUGAAUUCCAGCGGCUGGGCACAGGGGUGGACGCCGUCUGAUUUUGAGCUGCUGUGCGUCGACGGACAGCGAGCGACCCUGUCAGAGUGGCAAAGCUGUAACCUGGGAGUCGUCCCGCCUAAUAGCAUCAUGACGCGGCCUGUGCUGACCUCAAGGGUGUACGACCUCCUCAUGAAGUCGCAGGAAACGUUGGCUUCCACCCGAAGCACAGAGUUCAAACUCUUUGACUCUCAUCAGUACGGGGAAAGUGAUCUGCUGUUCAAAGAUGCAACGCAGUGUUUUGUCCACACGAGCCACAUGGAUUACCGCUCCAUCCUGGGAGAGGAGUUUCACGCUCACAUGGAGGCCGUCUUCAAAUGCACGCACUCCGAUAUCUUGGAGUUUUGCAACCAGGAUGUGUGCAGCAUAUUCUAAUAGAAGAAACACAUAAAAGAAAAAAAAAGGCACCAUGUUUUCCUGAGCUUCUCAGAUAUUUAGUCCUUCGUCCUCAUAACUUAUGGUUUAAUAAAGACUGGAGACCAUCACAGCACGGCCGCAAAAAGACUGAAGGGAAAGAGGCCGUCGCUUCUGCUUUCAUAAUGGGAUGCUUUCUAACUAAAAAAAAAAUAUUGAUCUGUUCUUCAAAAAAAA